AUGCAGAUUUUCGUCAAGACCCUCACGGGCAAGACUAUCACCCUCGAGGUGGAGUCGUCCGACACCAUCGACAAUGUCAAGUCCAAGAUCCAGGGUGCGCAUUCUCCUCCGUCCGCCGGGCGUCCCCCCAUCGCCACCCAACCUGCGCAACAGAGAACUGACCACACUCGAUCACAGNACAAGGAGGGUAUUCCCCCAGACCAACAGCGCCUGAUCUUCGCUGGCAAGCAGCUCGAGGAUGGCCGCACCCUCUCCGACUACAACAUCCAGAAGGAGAGCACUCUUCACCUCGUCCUCCGCCUCCGUGGUGGUGGUAAGAAGCGCAAGAAGAAGGUCUACACCACCCCCAAGAAGAUCAAGCACAAGCGCAAGAAGAACAAGCUUGCCGUCCUCAAGUACUACAAGGUCGACGGUGACGGCAAGAUUGAGCGCCUGCGUCGCGAGUGCCCCUCGGACACCGUGAGUUUUUUCCCUCUUCCCCAGAUUCACCACCGUCAAUAUACUGACUCUGUUCACAGUNGCGGUGCCGGUAUCUUCAUGGCUGCUAUGCACAACCGCCAGUACUGCGGUCGCUGCCACCUCACCUACGUUUUCGACGACCCUAAGUAA